UUAUUGUUUGUGGUGCAAUUGCGCAGCCCAUGAGACCGCGAACUGCCCCACGAAAGCCAAGGGCCCCGCUCAGUCGAGAAAGUGAGCACCGCCGAGAGUGAUGCAACGACACUCUUGAUGCCUUCGAAACCGGUUACCGCGCGAGUAACCUCCCUCGGUUCCGGGGCACAUGCGGACGUCGUAAGUCCUCCCAUUCUCCAUUCUUUCGAGGACUAUGCUGCCCGGCUCGUACCUUCGCUGAAUUCACGAGCCCAAGGACAAGAUGUAUGUGCGGUUUCUUCUCCGAUUGGAAGCAGCGACAUUGAUUCGUCUUCAAGUGGACCUUCACGGGAUUCGGCGCGCGCGUUCAACAUUGAGGACUUGGACCUGUUGACGCCCGAGGAUUUUGCAUGGCUUCCUCUCCCUUCCACCGACUGCUUACCGGAGCCGCAAUGCGCAACUCUUAGCGCUCAUCUCCAUACAUACCUAGCCUUCUAUGCACCACCAACUUCGCCGACGGAGGACGGGGUCGAGGUGGGGGACAUUCUUGCGUAUGUGAGCAAGGUGGCCCGCGAGUUUCGCACGCAGCGGUACAACGACAACAACGCACCGCUCCUUUAUAUCCGCAUCCAAAUCGGGCAAGCGUCCUGCAGCACUUUGCUGGAUAGCGGCGCGACUCGCAACUUUAUUAGUCAGUCCUUCAUGCAAAGGGCUGGCCUUGGACCAGAAGUUCGAAGGAAGGCACACCCUACGACGAUCAAGUUGGCGGACGGUCGAACGCAACAACUCCUUGAUCGCUACAUCGAAGCCGUCCCGGUUUAUUUUGCACCUCAUGCAUACGAACCGGUGACGUUCGACGUCUUGGACACGGACUUCGACAUCAUUUUGGGCAUGCCUUGGCUUGCAAGGGCGGAUCACACGGUCAACUUCCACCGGCGGACGCUUACGGUUCACGACGCGUUCGGCGCCGAAGUAUCAUAUACCAUUCCUCCUCCGCACCCUUCAAUCCGGUGCCAAGUUGUAACAACCAAGUCUUUUCGGGCCACUUGUGCUUACGAGCGGACCGAAGAGAUCGGCUUAUGUUUUCUUCGAACCAUCGAGGUAGCCGACUCUCCACCUACGGACUUGUCUUCAGACCCCCGGGUGGUGCGGUUGGUCGACGAAUUCGCCGACGUCUUCGAGUCACCUACCGGCGUGGUGCCGGAUCGGCCAAUCUCUCACGAGGUCAUUCUCGAGGUCGGUGCCGUGCUGCCAAAAGGUUGCAUUCACCGCAUGAGCGAGGAGGAACUUACAGUACUCUACGCGCAGCUCGACGACUUGUUGGACAAAGGUUGGAUCCGGCCUGGCAGCUCACCCUAUGGUGCGCCGGUUCUCUUCGUUCGGAAGAAGAACAAGGACCUUCGCCUAUGCAUCGAUUACCGCAAGCUCAAUGCGCAAACCGUCAAGAACGCGGGACCUCUUCCUCGUAUUGACGACCUUCUGGAGCGCUUGGGCGGCGCAAAUUUUUUUUCUAAGCUGGAUUUGAUGUCAGGAUAUCAUCAGAUCUCGAUUCGGCCACAAGAUCGCUACAAGACCGCGUUCAAGACACAGUACGGGCACUUCGAGUCGGUUGUUAUGCCUUUUGGACUCACCAACGCCCCAACGACUUUUCAAGCCGCGAUGACCAACGAGUUCCGGGGAAUGUUGGACCGGUUCGUGCUGGUCUACUUGGACGACAUCCUCGUCUAUAACUGGACUUUGGAGGAACAUCUUGACCAUCUUCGACGAGUGUUGGAGACACUCCGACGUGCCAAGUUAAAAGCCAACCGCGACAAGUGCGAGUUUGUGCGUCAAGAGUUGGAAUAUUUGGGCCACUUCGUCACUCCACAAGGCAUCAGUCCGUUGUCGGACAAGAUUCAAGCCGUCCAAGAUUGGCCGGAGCCGCGGAGCGCCGCAUUACUUUUCGCGGACGUAUUGCGGAUAUACGACCUGCUAUUGCCAACGCGCGUCACCACGGAUGCGUCCGGCUAUGGCAUUGGUGCCGUCCUCGAGCAACAUGACGGCGUGGACUGGCACCCGGUCGAAUACUUCAGCAAGAAAGUGUCGGUCAUGCACUCCAUCGACGAUGCACGCAAGAAGGAACUUCUCGCCUUCAUCCACGCACUCAAGCAGUGGCGGCACUUCCUCCUCGGUCGACGCCAGUUCCGAUGGGUAACGAACAACAAUUCGUUGGUCUUCUACAACUCUCAAGACACCAUCAACAGCACCAUCGCCCGUUGGAUGUCCUUCAUCGACCAAUUCGACUUCUUUCCCGAUCACAUUCCGGGGAAGUCGAACCGCUUUGCGGAUGCCCUUUCGCGGCGUCCGGAAAACUGCACCGCGGUCUACUCAACCUUCGAGAUCAAGGAUGACUUGCGGGACAGCUUCAUCUGCGGCUAUCAAGCCGACCCCGAGUUUCACGACAAGUACGCAAAUUGUUCCUCUCCCAAUCCGGCGCCUUCGCACUAUCGGAUCCAAGAGGGAUACUUGCUUCUUCACUCGCAGGGGAAUGAUCUCCUUUGCAUGCCGCAAGGUUCCCACUUGCGCACCCGGCUUCUUGGCGAGUUCCACGACGCCCUCGCCACCGGACACUUUGGAGUAAAUCGCACGAUUGGCUGACUACGCGAGCGCUUUUGGUGGCCCGGCCUCCUCGACGAUGUCACGCGCUAUUGCGAGUCAUGUGAAGUUUGCCGACGUUGCAAACCUCACAAU